UUCCUCAUUGUUGCCAUUGCUUUCUUGGCCUGCGCCUAUGCCGAUGUCUCGGAGUUGGCUGCUGCCUCCUCCGGAUACGAUUAUCCCGCACCCGCUCCUGUGGAGAGCUACAUUCCUCCUGCACUGCCAGCACCAGCGCCGGAGGAGCAAUACAUUCCCCCCGCACCACCCGCACCAGCAUACAUUCCCCCUGCACCACAAGUCGCUGAGCCCGAGCCGGUCAUCGAGGAGAUCGAGCAGCCAGCUCAGGACGGCUAUCGUUACAAGACUGUGCGUCGUCGUGUCUUCCGCCACCGCGCCUAA